AAACAUAACAGAAGCAAGUUUGGUCAAGAUGCUAUUCUGGUGAUGGCUAACUGGUCUGCCCCAAUGACUCGGUAUCAUGAGCCACUUCGAGGUAUUGGUAUGCGCCGCAUGUUAAUGAAGAAUGGAUUCCCUGUAUUUCUGAUUGACGAAUUCAGAACUUCCCCGUGCUGUCCUGCCUGCCAGAAUUAUAGCCUCGAAACAUUCCAUCGUGUCCCCAAUCCUCGCCCAUAUCGACGGCAACAAAAUCCCACCGUGAUCUGCCAUGGUCUCUUAAGAUGUACAAAUCAAACCUGUGUUGAGGCCAUACGAUCUAAUGGAUUUGAGAAAGGAUAUAGGCUCUGGAAUCGCGAUCUUGCUGCUGCAUUGAACUUCCUCCAUAUAUUGCGUGGCCUUCGUGAAGAUGGUGUCAUCCCCGCAAGGUUCCGACGUGGUAAUGCCCCUGUUGUUCCUGCUCCUUCUGCUCCAGCUUCUUCUACUUCUACU